GUGGUGGAUUUGUUGACCGUAAGACAGCUUGCCCAAUUAUCUGCCAGCAAUGGAACAUUGAAGGACUCACAGGAUGUAAUGAAGGUCAUGAGUGUCAUUAGAGAAGAUACCAUUACACAGUUCAUGGACACUUUCAGCUUUGAGGCAAAGCAGAACAAUGUAACAUUGAUCCCUGAAGUGAGGUCAACCUUACUGAGUGAUGUUCUGAGUCGUGCUGAGCCAAUUAUUUCCAGUUCAAAUGAAGAAGAACUCCAGACCUGGCUUGGGACUAGGCUUCAGUUGCUGAUACCAGGACUGAAUGAAAGUUUGGUUGAAUUAAUUCUGACGAAUGCAAGUUGCCGUGGAGCUCAGAUCAUAAUACAGACCCUGAAUGCACGGAUCUCUGAAUUUACAACUAACAUUCAGCGGCAACUGUACAAUGGCAUCAGAACCUAUCUACGCAAAGGUCCUAAACCAAGGUGUUAUAAUGUGUCUGAUCCAGCUUUGAACUCGACUGCCUGGUUUGCCAAUUACUUUGGCAAAUUUCUGAAAUAUACAAGCACAGAUGACCUUGCUCUGCUCACUGACAAUGCAACAUUGCAGAUAUUUGCCGCCAACCAGGAAAAUCUAAUUCUUUUGAACAGUAUUGAGCUUCCUGAAGAUGUCCAGAGGUUUUACGCAAGUGCACUGUUUGAAAAUGCAGUCUUUAAUGCAUCAAGCAUUCCUGACAGCUUGGUUUGCUUUGUUGUUGAUACCCCAACAACAGUUCAAUCUUUAACAGCACAGCAAGCUGAAAUUAUACUUCAGAAAGCAAACAGAGCCUGUCAGAAUCUCAGCACAAAUGGAACAACACCAACAGAUGAACAACUGCAGUUUGCAGUUUCCCUUGUGAAUAAAAUUGACAGCUUCUCCAAUGAGACUCUUGGUAACCUAGGCCAAUCAGCUGUUGGAUUGUCAACAACACAGAUUAAUAAUAUCAGUGACAACGAUAUCUUACUAUCCCUGGACUCCCUGAGUGAGGUCAAUGGCUGGACCAUGGGAAGUGUAUUUGCAUUGGUAACGAAGUUGACCCGUGUCGGAUUUCAGUUUAACAACGCAACCAACCUCUUGAAAAUGGGAACCUUGGUAUCUGGGCUUUCAAGUGAAGCAAUAAGAAAUGUCAGUAGCAGUGAGAUGGUCACUGCUGUCAAAGAUGCUACCUUCGUAGAAAAUAUAUUGCUUGCUCCUGAACCUGUUCAAGUACUAGUUGUCCAAAAGGUUAUUGUAUCUUCGAAUAACCCCAUUACAGCUAUACAGAGAGUUCCUGAUCAGCUUGCAUCCAAAAUAUUUUUGCCUCGACUGAUUUCUAAAAAUAUUGGUCUGCCUCUUGUGAACAAUAAACAGUGGAAACCUGAACAAGCUGCUGUGUUCUUUGGCACUUUGACAGAAAAUUCGACUAUUAAUUUUGAUGAUGUUUCAGCUUCUGUUCUGCAAGGUUUCAGUUGUAUAGCAGGAAACAACUUGAACAGUGACCAGUUCCUGCAAUUUGUUAAAGCCACGAAGGGUAAGCCUUCACUGACCCAAGAUCAGCUGAUUUGCAUGACCAGAAGGCUGAAUUCCAGUGGAAAACCAGGGAAUAUUUCUGCCUUGCCUGAGGAUGUCUUGCUGUUCUACGACCCUGAGACAUUCGCAAAUGAACCCUGUGAAAAUUUCGUCCGGGCAGUUGGACGAGCCAACAUUACUAUUUUAUCUCGAGGAUCAGCAAGAAGGAAGAAUCUGUUGACAAAUGCUCAAAGAUGCCUGAAAUUUUCCAAUGUAAAUCUGUCAAAAGAUAAUGUGACAAUCUUGAACAAUUUGACCUGUGACUAUGAGGGAGACAUCAAAACAGCUGACAUUUCUAUAUUAGAGACUUUGAAAAAUUGUGUCGAGUAUACACCCGCCCAGCGCGAUGCUAUUGACUUCCUGCUGAACCAAAAUAGCACAUUUGGUGAUCCCUCCAAUUGGACUGAGUCCACUCUGGAAAAUUUAGGGUCACUUGUCUUCGCUAUAAGCAGAAGUACAUGGAACAAAGUUAGAAAGACUGUCAUUUUAAAAGGCUUGCGACAGUAUGUGAGGAGACAGUCUAGAUAUCAACUCCAACAAAAGCAAGACCUUCUCUCGGGUCUGUCCCUGCAAACGAGAUCAAGACGGGAAACUGGAUGUACAAGUGACCAAAUAACAGCAGCAAUGACUUUUGAUGUAAUGCUACCUGCACAAUAUAGUCCAACUGAUUUGAAUGCCUGCCUGGACAAUAAUAUCCUAAAGGAUCGACUGUCUCAGCUGGGAACUCUUGCAUUUUCAAAAGAACAGCUAGAAAUGCUCAAAACCAAACUGAGUGAGAUUUAUCCAGCCGGACUACCAGAAGAGAAAAUUCAGCUGCUGGGAUUCAUUGCUGUGGCGUACAACUCCACAGAGAUCAGCACUUGGAAUAUAACCAAAGUGGAAACUGUUUCUGCUCUACUGCCAAACAGCCAGAGUGAUAUCGCGAGAAAAGCAAUUGUUUCAAGGUACUUGGAAGCGGGUGGAGUGUUAGAUGCAAAUGUGUUGAAUUUGAUUGGUGGAAAUGUGCUGUGUCUUCUUGAUGAAAGCCAAAUCCAGGCAAUCAGCGCCACUGAAAUCAGCAAUGCAUCCACAUUGAAUAUUUCCUCAUGCUCUCAAUCAAAGAAAACGCUAAUAUACAACAAAGCAAAAAGCAUAAUCGAGAAACAAACUUCUGAUUCAGUCAUUUAUUAUAAUCAGAUGAAGACAUACCUUGCUGCUGCAACAACUGCUGAUUUACGGACUCUUGCUGCCGACACUAUCAACAUGGACCCUAGUGUAUUCUUGACACUGAAUCCUGAACAAGUAAAAACACUCAGCCCUGGUGACUUGAGAAAUUUGCUUGGAGUUAACCUUCAAACUGUUAAGGAUGCUGAAAAUUCCACAUUAGUCCAAAUGUGGAUUGGUCAACAUACAGUAAGUGAGGUGAGGAGCCUGAAAAUUGGCCUGACAGGAGGGAGCCCAGACAUAAUACCUCCAGAUGUAAUAAGUAUCCAAGAAAUAGAUUCAUCAUCAUCUUCUAUCAACAAGAACUGUCUUCUAUGUACAAUCCAGUCUUUAUCUAUCAGCAUAAUAAUCAUUGUACUACAAAGGUUGUUAUAGUAGAGAAAGAGAAUUAUUGUCAUCAGCAGUAUCUGUAAUACCCAUGUCAGUGAGGAAUUCAAUGAUUUCUGUGCAUAAAUCAAUAAUGCAUCCAGCAUAUGUAAACACAGUCUGAGUAUACCACUCACAGACAUUUACUGUAUGGCUUAAAUUAUAUACAUAAAAUUUUAACUUAUAAAGUAAAUUCUAUAUAAGUUCAGCUCUGCAUAUUAGGUAUUGGUUAAGUGGGACCCUAGUAAUAAUUAAAACGAUUGCCAGAAUACAACUUCAAAUGAAACAUGAAAAUCAUGCUAAGGGACAUAAAUUUGAAGGAGAAACUGAAGAAUUGAUAGAAAAAAAUCAGAAUGUUAAACCUUUUUGAAUAGCACGCCGUUUAGACUAUUGAAGAAUAAAUUCAUUGUUCAAAAUAGAUUAUCUUCCAGUGGGUGAAAGAAGCUACGAGAGAAAUGUAACUCCAUUGGAUCAAACGCCAUAUCUUCUUUUACUCCUUUGCCAUAUUUCAUAUUUAAAAUGUAUUAAUAUAGUCUGAAAGAUACUAAGAUAUUGAUAUAUUUUUAUUCAGUAAAUGAUAUUUGAACAAUUUGUAUGUGCCUGGUGAAAUAACUAUUUUUGUUCUGGAUGAGUGUGACUACUAGUUUUGUUAAAAGAGCAAUGGAAACAUUUGUGUUAAAUCUCAUUAAAUGGUAAUUAAAUAAUUCAGGACAACCAUAUAUAAAAACUGCAUUUAUCUUUCCUAAACUAAAAUGAAAAAAAUAAAUUGAACUAUUGACUUAAA